UGUAUAGACACUUGAGAGUCAAUAGUCUUAAACAGAUGUACAGGAAAAAAGUCAUUUGUUCAAAUCCGAUCAUACCAGGAAAAAUUUGAACAGGGGUAAUAGGAAAUUCAUGCAGGAAGAUUAAAUUAUGGGAAAUGCUCACAGUAUACACCAAACAUCCAUUAAUUCCAACCCUAGUUUAGAAUGUGAGACACAUACAAAAAUGAUUGCUGAGGCAGGUGAAAGUGAUGAAUCACUAGAGGUUCCUGAGUGCAAUGAUAUUGCUGAAUUGCUUGAGCCACCUGAGUUGCUUGAACCAUCUGAAAAUGUUGUUGCAGUGGCCGCCAAGGAUCUGGAUUUUUCGACAACUGUUGUUGCCGCUCAAGACAUUCUUCGAUGUGAUUUUUGCUGUGAAGAAGACGUAGUUGCCGAAAUGUUCUGUAAGACCUGUGCCCUGCGGUUAUGUAGUUCUUGUGUCAGUAAACACAUUGAGACUUCAUCCACCUCUUGUCUCCAUGACAUUGCCAGGUACAAAUCAAACAAAGAUUUCAUGAGACCUGUUUGCAAGUUCCACUUGGAUAAUAAGUGUGAGAUUUUCUGUAAGGAAUGCAAUUCUCCAUUCUGUUCUCAGUGUCUGUCUGAGGGAAAGCAUAAAAAUCACGACAUCACCGGAAUCUGUGGUACCUAUGCAUUGCUGAAAGAGAAAAUACUGAAAGACACUGCUUACAUGGAAGAAAAUAUGAUCCCAGAAUAUGAGAAGAAUGUGUCCCAAAUGAUCAGAAGAAUUGAGGAAUCAACAAAGAAAUACGAAGAAACUGCCAAUACCAUGUGCCAGAUAGGUAUUGAAUGGCACAAGCAACUAGAAUCUGCAAUAGUGCACCACAAAGAAGACAUUCAGAAGAUGAAAGAGAAGGAUCUGGAAACCUUAAAUCAAUGCCAUGCCUCUCUGUCGGUUCCUUUGGCAGACAUCAGAGGAACCAUAGAAGAGAACAGGCAGAUCAUAAAUUCCCUGGACUUUAACAGACUUUUUGCCUACAGAUCCUCUGUUGAAAAUUUUCGAAAAAUCCCCCCUCUGGCUGAAAUUAAUCCUGGACAUUUCGAACAACACACCACACUGUUGAAUCAACUUGAUGAACUUAUUGGCAAGUUAGGAAAUUCCAAAACAAUUAAUAUCCCUGGAUACACAAUCAAGAUUCAUAAGAAUCCAACUCUACUGGCAUCUUUUCAUAGCAAAUACCGAAAAGGGGUUCGAAGACUAAGGUGCCAUGGUGAAAAGACUGUAUGGAUGUGUGGAUUUUAUGACCGUCUGCUAAAAUUUGUUGACCUUCAAGGUUCAGUGAUUCAGAGGGUUAUCUCCAGACAAGUUCCCGUAUGUAUGACAAUAACCAGCCAGCGUGACCUGAUUUAUCUUGAAGAUAACAGCGUAAAUACCAUCAAAGAUGGUGAAUGUGUUUGUCUCUUCAGAGUCCAAGACUGGAAGCUAAGAUCUGUGUGCAGCACAGUGUGCAAUCAAUUGCUUAUCGGCAUGACAAACUCCAGUAAAACUGAAGGAAAAGUUGUCCGAUACUCUGGCACCAAACUUUUAUCUGAAAUUCAGCAGGAUUCAGAUGGCAACAUCUUGUUUCGCUUGCCCUAUUUCCUGGUUGAAAACAGAAACCUUGACAUUUGUGUCACAGAGGUCACCCUGCAAAAGGUCGUAGUGACGGACAAAACUGGGAACUUACGAUUCACUUACAGUGGAAACAGUGCCAUGAAAAACACAUUUAAACCCAUGGAUCUUGCCUCGGAUAGCAAGAGUCAAAUUCUGAUUGCGGACAGAUCUAAUAACUGUAUUCAUAUCAUUGAUCAAGAUGGACACUUUGUGAAGAUUAUUGACAGUUUUGGUCUAAAGGAGCCAUUCAGUCUCAGUGUCUCUGCUAAGGAUGACCUUUGGGUGGGAGAGGGGAGCUCUGGUAUGGUCAAGGUCAUUAGAUACAUGGCAGAGUGAAUCUUGAAUCUGUGUGUCAUAAAAGCUGAAUAAAUAUUUAAAACAACUUCUACACGCAAAUAUCUUCAGAUGCAUGAUACCAUAGUGAUACAAUAUAUUGGUGGGGAAAAGAAAUAAAAGGGGGAAAAGAUUUUUUUCCUUUGAAUCAUGAUUAUCACAAGGGCAUUUGUGAAAAAAAAUUAAAUGCAUAUACAGCUGACCUUUUCUUCUCAAGAAGAUCUCAAAUUCCAUGAAUAUGAUUAUCUAAAAUCUACUAUAAC